UUUUCUUUUGAACGACGAGGCGUUUGGACGUUUCGAAAACAACGCGGGUAAUACUGCUACCGAAAUCGAAUAUCGUGACUCGGAGUCACCCACGCCGAAGCUCCUUUAACUUCGUCGCCGGCAGCUGCCGCCAAAAUAUAAAUAUAUAUACAAAUAAAAACGAUUUUUGUUUUUAUUUGAAGCAAAACGCGCGACGCGCGCCUUUCGAACCCAUCGAGUCUAUCAUGAGCAUCUGAUUCCCAACGAACGCAGUGGAAUUCGACGAAGAAGAACGAACCCAUCCCCGAGGUGGCUUAAUUAGAGAGAUUAAACUAGAUAGUUUGUAGCAUUCAGCAGCCAAGAAAAUGGGUUUCAUUGCCGAACGCAAGCCGCGAGUCAACAAGACGUUGAUUUCGCUCAAGUUUGUGGUAUUUUUCGUGAUUAGCGGUCUCACAGCUUUGCAUGUCCUGCAUGCCACAAAGCCCCUGCUCCUGGGUCUGACCUUCUCCGAGUAUCGCACCAUCACCAUCCUAGCGCCUUUUGUGUCGAUUCUGGGUCCUUUGAUUGCUGGUCCUUGGGCGGAUCGCCUGGCUGCCAGGAAUCCCAACACCUUUGGCCGCACUCUGCGAGUGCUGACAGCUGUUUUCCUGCUGAUUUCCGCCCUGAUCUACGCUUUCCUGUUUGCGGUACCGGAUGUUAGCCGAGCGCCCGCCCACGAGCCGCUGGUCAGUUUUGGAUGCGAUGCCAGAGGCGGCUUCCUGUUCCAGGAGCGGUGUGGCGCCAAUGCCAGCUGUAGUCGGUGGGAGCAGAAGGAGGGCCGCAUCAACCUGACCCGAUGCACCUACAGUUGCCAGAAUCCUAAGCUCUACGAGCCCUUGUAUGUGGCCUGGUUGGCUGAGGUUCCCACUCUGGCUCCCUCGACGGAGCAAAGCUCGGAGUUCGAUUAUGAUGACGAGGCCACCAGUGCGGUUACCGAAAGCCUGCGCACCCGAAGAUCUGUAGAUGCCUCUGAUCCAGCGGAUAGUGCAGGUGUGGAGGCUAUAAGUGCCGAAACCACCGCCCACCGAGCGACCCGGCAGGUGAAGACCGCACCGAAGAAGGUCUAUGUCCAGCCGCCCCAUGUCUGUCUGACGGAGAAGAAUGAGCAGGGCCAGGACAUCGUCAAACACUGCCACGCCUACACCGAGGAGAAAACCAGUGUCGUCAUGGAUGCUGUAAUGGGAGCGGCAAUAAGCUCCGAAGACCUGAACGAUGACUACGAUGGCUGGUGCCAGUAUCCUUUGGCCGGUUUCCAGUGCAACAUUCCCGAAGAUCAGGCUCAGUAUAUGAAGGCUCUGAAAAAUGGAACCAGCUGCAAGCCUAUGAUCGAGUGCCAGGUAGUGAACCCCUACCAUGACAAGAGCGUGCUCUCCGACAGCGAGUGUGUCAAUACCAUUGGCAGUGUGGAGGACACUCUGGUGAGCUACACAAUCAUCCGGCUGCUGGGCGACAUCUUCCCCAUGGCUGCUCUGACCCUUUUGAACACCGCCAUUGUGAUUGCCGUGCGAGAAACGUCCGAGGGAAGGGGCGAGGUCUGCCGGCAGUAUGUGUGGGGUGCCAUUGGCUACGUGGUGCUCUUCUCGCCACUGGAUCUGUUCUUCUUCCAGAAUGAGCCCAAUCAAGAUGCCGCAACGGUUGCCCUAAUCAUAUUCAUUGUUUGCUUCGUUCUGGGCGCUGUGGUACUUCUGUGUGCCACACAGAUGCCUCUGAGCCCGCCGGAGUGGUGGUGGCACACAAAGACCGGAAUGCUGGUGGUGCCCAUGUCCGCCAUCCGUCGCUACAGUCCUGAGAUUGUGGUUCUGACCCUGGUGUCCAUCUUGUUCGGCACCUUCUGGAGCAGCAUUCACAGCUUCCUUCGCUGGACCUUCACCGAUGCGAAUGCCGUUUGCUACUCGGGUCUCAUCCUCAUCCUGGUGCUCUUCUUCAACGUGGACAAGUUCAUCGAGUACUGCGGUCACUCCAACAUCUUCAUCGGCGGCCUGGCCAUUUUUGUGAUUCGCUUCACCGCUUUGACCGAUGUCCAGUGCCAGUGGCUGACCAUCGUCAUGGAGACCAUCGAGCCGGCUGUAAUUGGUCUGAUUUGGAUCACGAUCAUCCUAUACAUGCGCCAUGCCAUGCCCCGCAAGCUGACGGCCACUGGUCAGGCCCUCGCUGUCUUGGCCUUCUUCGGAUUAGGCAAAGGCUUUGGAGCUCUGAUUGGACUGGCUCGGGAUGAGAAGAACCCCCACCUGGAGGCCUGGCAGUGCACCUACCAAUGGCUGGCCAUUGUGGCGUGCGUCGUGGCCCUGGUCUACUUCGGGAUCUACAACCUGAUACUGGCUCCCCGCUGUACCGCCAAGCCGCAGCACUCGGAGGAGCUCAUCUCCGGUUCGGCAUCCCAGAACUUUGGCAAUACCGGAACCGGAAACGGAACGGGCAACGGCAACGGGGCCGGAAAUGGAGCCGGAGCGUCGCUCAAUGGCAACGGAAACGGCAGCUACUCGCCCCUUAGGGUUUACCACAACGAGAGGGGGAAGAAGGGCCAGUUUAGGUACUAAGAGAUCAAUGAACAAUUGAAAUUACUCCGUCUGUCGCGAUGCGAGUGCGAAUGAUAUUCUUAGGUUUUAAAUGUGUACACCACGCCUACUCCACCUCCCCACGGCAUGGCCCGCGCCGGCCCCCAGCCCUUCGCCCGCCUGAGGGCACCACUGCUAAUAGUUUGUAAUGCAUAUUUUUGCUAAGUGUAUACACCAGAAAAAAAAUUCAACAAAAAAACAAAACAAAAGAAAGGAUAAAAAAAAUACUUUUUUAUAAAUCGCAUGUAGAACUUAUUUAAUUUGUUAUUUAAUGCCAACUAAGCGAGUUCAUAAUUUUAAUUAAAAACAUAAUGGGGAAGUUGGCAGGCAAAAAAUGAACCAUCAACUGCCCGCUUUUAAUGGCAAUACAAUAGCAACAACUACAGCCACAACAUCAGUUAAUGCAAAAACAAUUUCCCCAGAUAUCACGUCGUUCUCUUUACCAAGUUACAAAAAUGAAGGCAUACAUUUUUAAUGAAACAUUUGCGUGAUUUUACUAAGCAUAAUACAUGAUGCACUACGAGCAUAUAAAUGUAACAAUAAAACAGAAAAUGUAAUUAUACAAAAAUAUAAUUAAUGGUAAUUAAAUGUUUUCAAAUUAAGCGUAAUAA